CUAUCUUUGCGCGUAUUUUUUUUCCUAAUAUGUAAUAACUGAUGACGCCAUAAUAAGGUUGCUUGUUUGAAGCUUAGAUCAUUUGGUGACGUUUGGUUUAUGCUUUUCGUCGGAUACUCACUUUCUUUGGCGUGUAUUUUGUGGUUUUAACCCAUUGGCUUGUUAUUAAUUGCUGUUCUUGAAAGGUGAGGUUUAAUCGUUGUUUCUUUCUUUUCCGGAUAUUCAUUGUUUAAACAUGGACUUGGGUUCAGGGAUACCCGGUGAUGGGAGGUGUUUGUUUCGAUCUGUGGUUCAUGGUGCUUGCCUAAGAGCAGGAAAGCCACCUCCAAGUGAAAGCCAAGAAAAGGAACUCGCUGACGAGCUCAGAGCAACAGUUGCAGAUGAGUUUAUCAAAAGGCGAGCAGAUACUGAGUGGUUUGUGGAAGGUGAUUUUGAUACCUACGUUGCACAGAUGCGACAGCCCCAUGUCUGGGGAGGGGAACCUGAGCUACUAAUGUCAUCGCAUGUGCUACAGGUUCCGAUAACCGUUCACAUGUGGGAUAAGAAGAAGAAUUGCCUUAAGAUUAUAGCUGAAUAUGGUCAAGAAUAUGGGAAGGAGAACCCAAUCCGUGUUCUGUAUCAUGGCUAUGGACAUUAUGACGCAUUACAGAGCCUUUCCGGUGGUCUGCAGUCAAAGCUGAACAAGAGAUGGUGAGACAAUAAUUGCUGAAGUUUAUGAUGCUCAGAUGCAAUUCAUUGAACCACACUACCUCCUCUACCUCCUCUGAAGUGGAAGCCCGUGAAAAUAAUAUAGGAUCGCUCAUUAUUCAGUUUCAUGGCUACUUUGUAAUUAGAAUAUAGCACCACUUCUUGGUACACUCAAUUUCUCAGAGUAUUAAUCAACAUAAUGUGAUAUCUGAUCAUAGCAAAUAAUAGUUCCUAACA